UAAGAGCACGCUUCUCUCGGCGAGGGAGUGAGAGAAAGAAAGUGCGCAUUCUGGGUUUUUCGGAGACGUCUUUGCUCGUUUUUCCUCUCCGUCCACUUUCUGGCUUCCGGCUUGAGGCGGUUUGUGUGAACAGGGCCUCGGGUUGACACACAAUGGGGCGAAGUGCCUGUGGCAACUGGGCCGUUGUGCUGCCGACGGGGGGAGGGGGUAGAGAGCCGACCGGCGCUCAGAGCUAACAUAUCCAGCCGGCUUCAGGCCUCUGCGCCUCUCGCUUAUUCUCUGCUUCUCAGGAAUCGCCAAACCUUUCUCUCAGGACUAUGGUGGACUAACUAUGGAUUAACAUGUAUUUGGCACAGUGGAUUUUGGGGCGCGUUCGUCAGAACUGGAGAUUUGAGAGCGAGAAGUCACUGUGUUUUGGGAUCGAGUGACGAACUUUUCUUGCUUUCCUAGUUCCCUUUCUGUUUUGCUUUUGUGCCGAGAGGAACUCCUAAAUGGAUUACAAAAUGCAUUCCAAAUCCAAUGAUUUGCUGGAUUUUCAGACACUGGAUGCCCUUUUGGAAAAAAUUGCACAUUGCUCCGUCCCUGUUAAAAGAGAGCCCAGCGAGGAGUGCAAUGGAAUUAGCGGUGCUCUCCCUGUGGAGCCCGCGCCCGGCUCGAGACUGAACGAGUGGUGUCCUGCGCCACCCCCUCCCAUCCCUCUGCCCGCGCUCCACCCCGCCAGUAUGGGGGACGGCCUGGACGCAGUUCAGAUGUCGGGGAGCAGCAGCAGUCAGGGGCAGCCCUCGUCCCAGGCCCCUUCUUCCUUCAACCCGAAUCCCUCGGAAACCUCCAACCCCACCCGGCCCAAGCGCCAGACCAACCAGCUGCAGUACCUGCUGAAGGUGGUGCUGAAGAGUCUUUGGAAGCACCAGUUCGCUUGGCCUUUCCAUGCUCCUGUCGACACCGUUAAGCUAAAUCUGCCUGACUAUUACAAGAUAAUCAAAAACCCUAUGGACAUGGGAACAAUCAAGAAACGCCUAGAGAGCGCAUUCUACACCAGUGCCCAAGAAUGUAUUCAAGACUUCAACACCAUGUUUACCAACUGCUACAUUUACAAUAAGCCUGGGGAUGACAUAGUCUUAAUGGCCGAAGCACUGGAGAAGGUGUUCCUUACCAAGAUUUCGGAGAUGCCCCAGCAGGAGGUUGAAAUAUCCACCACGGCCGGCAAAGGUCGUGGCCGGGGCAGGAGGGAUCCAGACAUAAACAUGAAGGUUGGACCUGUUCUGGAGCCUUUGACUGCAAGCCCUCAAACACGUGGCCUUUCCAAUCUUACCCCAGGGCCACAAACUAGAGGACCACCACAGGGUCCACCUACUUUACCUCCCCAGCCUAUCGUGCAAAUGCAAGCCUUGCCCCCUCGAGUGCCCCCUUCGCUUCCCACAGUCCCUCUCCACGCGCCUCAAUUAGGGCCGCCUUUUUCGUUGGGCCCCACUGACUGCAACCCACCGGCCCCAAUCAUGACGGCUGUGCCUCCCCCCACCCAAACCGCCCUGCCACCCGUGCACAUUCAACAGAGCGCUGCUCCUCCUAUUCUACAAACUCCCAUCUCAAUACCUAACAAAAGAAAAAGUCAGAAAAGGAAAGCAGACACAACGACACCUACAGCAAACGAUCAGCUAAACGAGUCCUCACCCGCCGAGUCAAAGUCAGGCAAGACUCUACCACGCCGGGAUAAUACACGACCAAGCAAAUUACCCAAAAAGGAGGCACCGGACUCCCAGCACCAUUGGACAGCCGCCCCCGGAACCCCGAGCCCCAAACAGCAAGAGCAGUUACGCUAUUGCUCAGGCAUAGUAAAGGACAUGUAUGCUAAGAAACACGCAGCGUACGCCUGGCCCUUCUACAAGCCAGUGGACGUGGACGCUUUAGGGCUGCACGACUACCAUGACAUCAUCAAACACCCCAUGGACCUCAGCACGAUUAAGGACAAGUUGGAAACCAGACAGUACAGAGAAGCGCAGGAGUUUGCAGCAGAUGUACGGUUAAUGUUCUCCAACUGCUACAAGUACAACCCUCCAGACCAUGAAGUGGUGGCUAUGGCACGCAAACUGCAGGAUGUGUUUGAGAUGCGUUUUGCUAAAAUGCCUGAUGAGCCAGAAGAAAUGCUGGCCCCUGCUCCUGCGCCAGUGCUCCAUCCGGCACCUGUAAAGACACAGCCGGUCAUGGCCACUGCCUCGUCCUCGGACACCUCCAGUGAUUCGUCAUCGGAAUCAGAGUCCUCCACGGACGACUCUGAAGAGGAAAGAGCCCAGAGGCUAGCAGAGCUUCAGGAGCAGUUGAAAGCGGUUCAUGAGCAGCUGGCUGCCUUGUCCCAGCCUCAGGCCAGCAAACCAAAGAAGAAGGAGAAGGAAAAGAAGGAGAAGAAGAAAGACAAGCACAAAAAGAAAGCAGGAGUCAUGCCGGCACUGGAAGAGAUUCUUGAGCCACCUCCUGCCCUCAAGCCUCAAGGAAAGCCCAAGAACAAGGAUCCUCUGCCUAAGAAGUCUAAGAAGCUUAGCAAGAAGGAGGGAGGAAAGGGCAACCGCUCCAUUGCUCCUCCAGGCUCCGCCCCACCAACCCUGCAACCUGUGCCAGGUCUGGAUACUGAAGAGGAUCUGGGUCUGACUGUAGGGGCUGCGAUGGCAGGCAUGGCUGCGGGGGAGAAGUGUAAACCCAUGUCCUAUGAAGAGAAGAGACAGCUGAGUCUGGACAUUAACAAGCUGCCUGGAGACAAGCUGGGCCGAGUGGUUCAUAUCAUUCAGUCCCGCGAGCCUUCGCUCAAGAACUCCAACCCGGACGAGAUUGAGAUCGACUUCGAGACGUUAAAGCCUUCGACUCUGCGGGAGCUGGAGAGAUACGUGUCGUCCUGUCUUCGCAAGAAGAAGAAACCGGCCGUUCCAGAGAAGUCCAUGGAGACGAUGAGCGCUGUCAAGACAAAAGGCACCUCCUCCGAUUCGGGCAGCAGCAGUGAGUCCAGCUCCUCAGAAAGUGAAGACUCUGAGACAGGGAUGGCUUCUAAGCCAAAGAAGAGAGGGAGAGGCGAAGGAAAGAAGGCUCAUCACCAGGCCACGGCUCCAGGCAUGCCUCAACCGCAGGUCCCCCUUCAACCCCAGACCCCUGCUCUGCAACCCAGCAUUCAGCUGAAACAGCAGCAGCCACAGCAUCCCUCUCCAGCUGCUUACAUGCCUCCUCCCGUCACGGCUCUGGAGCCCUCGCAGCUCCUGGAAAACCCCUUUGACCCUCUGGCUCACUUCAUGCACCUUCCCCACCACGCAAAUGACUCGUCCUCUCCUGCUCCGCCUCACCUCAACGCUCACCCUCCAGGAGGCCCAGUGUCACCUGAGACGCACCCAUUUCUCAACCAGCACCCCAUCCUUCCAUCCCCAGCCCUGCACAACGCAUUGCCCCAGCAGCCUUCACGGCCCAGUAACAGGGCAGCCCCGCUACCUCCUAAACCUCUGCAGCAAAGCACGUCCCAACAGCAGCAGCAGCCACCACCCCAGCAGACCCUGGUGCCCCCACAGCAGCUCCAGCCACAGCAGCAACCUCCUCCACCCCAGCAGCAGCACCUCCCUCAUCACCCACUGCACGCCUCACAGCAGAUGCGCCCACGGCCACUAUCCCCUCCGACGCUCACACCCCAGGGCCUGCUCUCCUCUCAGCCCCCUCAGAUGCUGCUGGAGGAUGACGAGGAGCCCGUGCCCUCCAUGUCCCUGCCCAUGUACCUGCAGCACCUACAGCCUAACCGACUACAGGUGCCUCCGACAUCACUGAUGCAGUCGCUGCAGAGCAGGCCUCAGCCGCCAGGACAGCCGUCUCUGCUGCAGUCGGUGCAGGUUCAGUCUCACCUCCCCCCUCCGCAGCUCCCUGUUCAGACUCAAGCGCAGCCGCAGCAGCCAGCGCCACACCAGCCCUCGCCACAGCUCUCGCAGCACCAGGCCCGACACAUGCAGCAGCUCGGCUUCCCUCAAGGCCCGCUGCAGAGCGCACAGACGCAGCCCGGUCAACACAAAGUGUCCAUGCCUUCCACAAAAGCACAGCAGAUCAUCCAGCAGCAGCAGGCUACGCAGCAUCACUCGCCACGCCAACACAAAGCUGACUCCUACAACUCGGCACACCUGCGAGAUAACCCCUCCCCGCUCAUGAUGCAUUCCCCUCAGAUCCCCCAGUAUGGUUUAGUCCACCAGUCCCCCUCUCAGGACAAAAAGGAACCACAGCGAGGUCCUUCAGCUUUGGGUGGCAUUAAAGAAGAGAAGCUGCCCCCGUCACCGGUGAUGCGCGGUGAGCCCUUCAGUCCGGCCAUGAGACCAGAGUCUCAUAAACACCCCGACAGCAAACCCACAAUGCCGGGCCACAGCCAACAGAGAGCAGAUAUGAAACCACUUGAAAUGUCCCGUCCUGUGAUCCGCUCGUCUGAACAGAGCGGCCCGCCUCCUUCCAUGCAGGACAAAGAGAAGUUUAAACAGGAGCCCAAGACGCCCUCGGCUCCUAAAAAGGUACAGGAAGUGAAAUUUAAGAACAUGGGUUCCUGGGCGAGUCUGGCGCAGAAAUCCUCCACCACUCCCUCAUCCGGUCUGAAGUCCUCCAGCGACAGCUUCGAGCAGUUUCGGCGCGCGGCCCGAGAGAAGGAAGAGCGAGAGAAAGCCCUCAAGGCCCAAGUCGAGCAAGCUGAGAAAGACCGCCUGCGCAAAGAACAGGAGAAACUUCGGGGUCGAGAUGAGGAGGAUUCGAUUGAGCCACCUCGACGACCUCUGGAGGAGCCCCGCAGGCGGCAGGAGCCACAGCAGGUCCAACCACCGCCACAGCAGCACCAAACUCAAGCCCAAACCCUGAACCCGGCGCAGUCACCCUCGGCCCUGCAGCCGACACAAGCCCCGCCACAGUCGCCCGCCUCGUCCCAGAGUGCACUUGACCAGCAGAGGGAGAUGGCACGUCGCCGAGAGCAGGAGCGGAGAAGAAGAGAGGCGAUGGCAGCUACUAUCGACAUGAAUUUCCAAAGCGAUUUGAUGGCGAUCUUUGAGGAGAACUUGUUCUGAAGUGCGAGAGGACGUGACGAACUGCGUAACGGCUCUACACGGACAGAACGAACUCAAAAAAGCAGUAAGGGAAAAAAAGACCCCAUCCGACCACCAGAAACACUGAAGAGGCGAUGGAUUCGCUGAGGCCACGAGAGAGAAACCAGCUUACGGCUCUCCUUUUGCCUUAGCCGAAUGAGGGACCCUCACACACGGGCGGCUGCGCCUCUCCGGCUUUUCCUCCUGGAUUCGCCAUUGUGACCCUCCCGGGAAAAAGAGAGGACUCUUGCGUGACUCUUACUUCAGAAUAUGGGAGCAAUGGACAAUGCGAUCGGCGGAGGAAUACCGAACGACAACAAUGAUAUGUACUGAUUCUCUGUAGUACGGCAUCCAUCGACUGCCAGAUGUCUGUGGGGGAUUAGAAAACCUCUCUGUUUCCUGUUUGAUUUGCUUUCCCUCCCAUCGUUUCGUUUUCGCUAUGUAUCCCCCGUUUUUUUUUUGUUUUUUUCGUGAGGCAAAUGGCAGGAUGGGUUCGGGGCACUUAAGAUGAUCUUCCUCAGGAGAGGAGAUCCAGCUGGCCUUACACCACAACACAAACAAUACUCUCACCAGGGGCUGUGACAAAAAUGACUAAACAUGGUGUGUGUUUCACACUGUUAUCAUGUGCAGAUUUUUCAUUAUGUAGGAUCUACUGUACAAAAGGUAUUUUCUUAAUUACUGUUUUGGUUGGUUGUGUUGUUUUUUUGUUUUUCUUUUCUUUUUUUUUCUUUUGUUUUUUGUUUUUUUUAAGGUUUUUAACUCUCUUACCAACACCUUACCCUCUGAUGUCUAUGCCAAACACCCAUAUCCUUUUACGCUGAUAGUCGAGACCCGAAACGCUUCACUUAACAUGUCUUUCUAAAUAUAUAAAUAUAUUUUCUUGUUCUCCCCACUCGUCAUUUAAAAGUUUAGCUAGCCUUGUAGAAAAUAAACCCUAAUAUAUGCAUUAUUCUGACAAGUGUUAAUCGAGGACGGAGAUGUACUUUCAUCGCUCAUCGUUUUCACCUGGCGAGGAGAUCCUCGAGCCUGUAAGCGCGGUUUCUGAGCAUCGUUUAGUUUGAAUAUAAUUUAAAGAAUACCAGAACUAUUUUAAGUGUAUUAUACGUAUAGAAGGAAAACAUGCAACUCUGUGCGACGCGUCGGAGAGCGUCACGAACGGAGCUUUCAGCUGGUUACUGCAUGACUCCUCUUUUUCGUUUCACAGAUCAUUUAUUACAACUGCACAGACAGACCGAGAGAGAGAGAACGAUGUUCGCUGUGCUAGAUAUAACGACAAAAAGUCGUCAACGACAAAAAAAAAAAAAUCAAACCGUUCUGAUUUAUCAUUGUUCUUGUUCAAUUAUAGUGGAUGUGUUCUAAUUCUGUUAUUUGACUCAGCAAGGGGGGGCGGGGGGCACAAUUCAAGACCUUGGCGGGUCCGCUGAGUUUUCUCUUAUAGUGUUUUCUCCAGUGCCUGUAUUGUAUUGCGAUUCUAGUUGGCAUAUAUUACGUUUGGGGCGGGGGAGGGGUGCGGUCAUCCAACGGAGUGGGGGGGUGGUUUGGGGGGCCCAGAGAGCUUGUGUUUAAAAGACAAAAAAAGGAAAGUAAACGUUUUAUAUUUUACCCAUUUACAAUAUUCAGGUUUAAAUCUAGUUUUAGCUGGACUUCUUAAGUAUACACCGAACAACUAGCUUUUCCUUUUCUCAAAACUGCUAAGAGGAUGUUCGAUUAUCAUCACCACUGUGCGCGUGUGUGUGUGUGAGUGCGUGUGUGAGUGUGCGUGUCUGUGUGUGUCUGUCCUUGGUUUAUGUGGCUGGGGAAGGGUGGUUUUACCCGGAGGUUUCAAUCGCAAAAACACUUCAUUUAAACCAUGAUGUUGAUUUGCAGAUCUUUUCUUUAUCAUCAUCAUCAUCAUCAUCGUUGUUGUUGUUGUUUCUUCCUCAUGAAGUCCACUUAUAUAACUCUUUUACUUUGGUUAAUUUGGUCUGUAAAAGUUCAAAGAAGAGAAACACUUCAUUCCUGCGAGCCUUUAAAUGUAUUUUCUUUUCCAUGGUAACAGUUGGACAUUAUGUGCCAUAGAUUUCGGAUUCUCCGGAGAAUGUGCUGACCUGCAGCUCAGCAGAGAGUUUGCUUUAUUCAGGUAUUUUGUUAUUUUCUUUUCCUUUUUUGUUUAGUUUUUUGUUUUUAUUAUUAUUAUAAUUUUUUUUUUGUUCAGUUUUUUGGGGGUUUGUUUAACAUUUUCCUCGAUUACUGUUUUGGUAUGUGCGUGGGCUAUCGAGGUCAAUGGUUCAAUCUGUUAUGAUCAUGAAAUAAACUCAUCUCUUUUAUAGAAAAUUAAAAUGAAAGAA